AUGCCGCCUUUCCAGGGUGGCAUUCUGGUUCACAGCUGCGCUCUGCCACGAACGCAUACGAAAUCUUUUGAUACGGCACACGUAAUAAUGGUGGAUGCUGGGCUGGGGCAUUGGCCGUGGCGUACCAGUAGUGACUUUCAGUUGCGUGCGGGCAUAAAGAAUUACAACCCUCCAACUAAUUCAAGUUCAUUUCACCAGUCAAGUUACUGGUAG